UCUGUGUGGACACGUGCUAAAGCCUAAAAGGCAAAAAGAGCGAAGAACAAAUAGCUCUCUCCGGCGUCAGAGUUGCGUCACUGUUUCUUCCAACUUCAAUUUAGUUUCUUUGGCUUGAAGUUAAGGGAAACAUAAUUGUUCCUCUAAAACGCAGAAUUAAAUUGUGGUAGAUAAUUGUUUUUAAAAUUUUAUAGCUCAAAAAAGUUGUCUUCUUUUAAUGUUUGUUUUUCUGGUGGCGAUGCUCUUAAUUACCCAAUUCCGUAGGAUUUAAUUAUGAUCUUAAGUGAAACUUUUGUGUUUUGGGUUUGUGAAAUUCCCUGAUUAAAUUAUGGGUUUAGGGGUUUUAUGAUCGGUUUCGUGUAAAGUAGCGAUUUUUAUUUCUCGGGAUUUUGGUAAGGAACAGAUAUAGAAAGUCUUGGUUUUUUUCUUCUUCUUGUGUUUGUUUUUCUGUCCUGAUCAAUGAAGAAGAUGAUUGGGAGUCCUGGAACAAUGAGUGGGUUGAUACUGAGAUUAGGGCAAUGUGCAACUGCUGCUGCUUCCAUUGGUGUUAUGGUUUCUUCUUACGACUUCUCUAAUUACACUGCUUUCUGCUUCUUAGUCGCAUCUAUGGGUCUUCAAUUGAUUUGGAGCUUUGGACUUGCUUGUCUUGACGUAUAUGCAAUAAGGAGAAAAAGUGAUUUACAAAGCCCUAUCUUAUUGAGCCUUUUCACUGUUGGUGAUUGGGUCACUGCACUUCUCGCUCUUGCAGCCGCGUGUUCCUCUGCAGGAGUUACGGUUUUAUUCACAAAAGACACUGAGUUUUGCAAGCAGCAACCCGCUCUCUCUUGCGAUAGGUUUCAGAUUUCUGUCGGUUUAUCUUUCUUUAAUUGGUUUUUAGCUGCUAUAUCAUCUCAUACCAUGUUUUGGAUCUUGAUAUGAUAUUAAACAAAACCCAUUCUCCGUGAUUUUACAAAAAUCCAUUUCUAUGAAUUGUUUUUCUUUCUUUUA